AUGGCGGACGACAAAGUAGGGCAACAGUAUGGCGAGGUGCGACAUGCCUUCGACGUUAGCGCCCUGAACGCAUAUCUCACUUCCUCGGUUCCUGCUAUCUCCACACCCGUCACGGUGAAACAGUUUAGCUUCGGCCAGUCGAACCCGACGUACAUCCUGUUCGACACACAGGGUACACGCUACGUUCUGCGCAAGAAGCCGCCUGGAUCACUGCUCUCGUCGACAGCGCACGCGGUGGAGCGAGAAUAUCGGAUCCUCAAGGCGCUGCACACGUACACUGCCUCGCUACCCGCAGGCUCGAGCGACGGCGUGCCCGUGCCUGAAGUGUUCUGCCUGUGCGAGGAUAAGAGCAUCGUGGGGACGGCAUUUUACGUGAUGCAGUUCAUCGACGGGCGCAUUUUCGAGGACUACCGCUUCUUGCAGAUCAGCGAUAAGGAGGAGCGGAGGAAGUGCUGGCUGAGUGCGAUCGAUACCUUGGCAGCGCUGCACCGCGUGGAUCCUGCCAAGAUCGGCUUGGCGGAUUACGGAAAGCGAGAAGGGUUCUACACGCGACAGAUGAAGAGCUUGGGCAAAGUCAGCACCGUGCAGGCCAAAGUGGAAGACAAAGAAACCGGAAAACCGGUAGGACCUCUACCCGGGAUUGAACAGUUCCUCCAGUGGUUCGGACGCAACAUGCCAAAGGACGAAAACACGAUUGUCCAUGGAGACUUCAAGAUCGACAACCUCAUCUUCCACCCCACCGAACCGCGCGUCAUCGGCAUCCUCGACUGGGAACUCUCCACGCUCGGCCAUCCGCUUUCGGACCUCGCCAAUCUCCUCCAGCCGUACAGCACCCCCUGCUCCACCCCAGACCGCAUCAACGACCCCGCCCUCUGGACCGAAUCCCGCGCCCAGGGCUCCCUCCUCCUCAGCCUCGGCAACCUGAGCCCCGCCCAAUCGCCCGUCCCGCUCGAGUCCGAGCUGAUCAAACACUAUUGCGAGCAGAGCAAGAGAGAGUGGCCCAUCCCCAACUGGACCGCCGCCAAGGCGUGGGCCUGGUUCAGGCUCGCUGUGAUUGCCCAGGGCAUCGCGGCCAGGAACGCGCAGGGCCAGGCCAGCAGCGCACAGGCCAAAGUGUACGGCAGCAAGUUCCCUUUGUGCGCCCAGAACUGCUUUGUGGUCAUUGAUGGCGAUGCACAAAAGGAAGGGGGUGGCGAGAAGGCCAAGUUGUAA